AUGACUUCUCCAUACUACCCAUCCGCUGCGCCCUACGUGGGCCAAGAACACGCGGCACCUCCCAGCUACGAUGCCGCCAUGGGUUCUGCAUCUACCCCUCGAUCGUCCCGCACACAGCGCCUCUCCGACGAAAAACAGUACCGAGGAUUCACCGAAAAGGAACAGCACAGACGUCAACAAGAGUUUGCCAGCUAUCCAAGCAGGCCAAGCAGCAGCAACCGCUAUGCUUCUUCCACGCCGGCACAACUCCAAGCUUCCCCUUCGUCCUCUCGUUCCGGAUACGGCGGCAUGCCUCUCAACCCUCAAACGGCGCUCGCUCAGUUUGGAAGCCCUUUUGCAACGUCGGCCGACUGGGCUCCCUCUGCCCACGAUGCUCGACUGACCCACUUGCCCCAAGUCGAUCUCGAAACCCGGAUCAAGAUGCGCUUUUCCGGCCCUUCUGCAGAACAGCGUGCCCUGGCGCCACCUCCGAGCUUCUCCAGGCACUGUCAGCCCACGCUGCGGUACUCGGCGCACUCUCACUUUGAACCUGUCUACAUCAAGAGCGCCAACAAGAAGGAGGAGAAGAAACAGCUUCUGUCGGACGGAUUCCAGCCAGUCUACCCCGGUGCGCUCAUGGUGCAGCACAACGUGAGUGCGGCUGAUUGGGGCCGCUUUUUGGAGGACCUUGCCGUGGCGGGCAAGCUGACGGGCAAGCAGAGCAUCAUCUCCAAUGUUGCACCCAUGACGAUGCAUAUGGGUGCCACUGGCUUCUUGGUCACCCGAGCCAUCGAGAGGGCCAUGAAGAAACGCAAAGACCCCGUGAUCUGCGAGGCGGUUGAAACGUGGCAGCAGAGCUUUUUUGGACCGAGGGACCUCGACGUGUACAUCCUCCACACUGGAGAGAGACUCACCGCUCGAUCGCCCAACGCUCCCAUCCCCGGAACCAACCUCACCGCUUCGACGCAGCUGCAGAGGUCGAAGACGUCGGCGUCGAGCAGCAGCUCUAGUUCAAGCUCAAGCAGCGAUUCUGACGACAGUGUUGAUUCUCGCCAUCCCGCGUUCCAGCCUACAGGCGAUCGGAAGAUGGACAAGAUGCAAAAAAAGGCAUUGAAAAAGCAGAGGAGGCUCGAGAGAAAGCAGAGGAAGGCCCAACACAAGCACGAGAAGAAGAUGGCAAGGAUCGACCGCAAACGCGAACGUGAUCUGAAAAAACACGGCGACUCUGCGAGCAGGACGGGUGCAAGAGGGGGAUACCUGCUGGUCAUUGCCCCUCUCAAACCGACUGUGAGCAAGCCUCCCACGGACGCGGCUGCUUUCAUGUGGUGA